AUGAAAAGUAUUUCAGUUCUCAGUAGUUUAGUUGUUCUUAAACUCUACAACUGCAAAAAAUGUGUCCAACUUCCACCUCUUGGUAAGUUUCCAUCUCUGAAAACUCUUGACAUAAUUGAUAUGAAAAAUGUGCAAUACAUAGAUGAUUCCUCUUAUGAGCAUCACUCGGAGAGAGCUUUUGCAUCUUUGAGAACACUAAGUUUGCGCCACUUACCAAAGUUGGAAGCGAUGUUAAGAGAUCAAGGAGCACACAUGUUCCCACUGCUAUCCCAGUUGACAAUACGUGAUCUUCCUGUGUUAUCAUUGCCAUUCCUUCCAUCUAUUGAACAUCUACAAGUAGAUAGAUGCAACAAAGAGGUACUGAAGUCAAUCUCUAACUUCAACAACCAUCUCACAUUCCUCCAGCUUUGUUAUAACACAGACAUGGUUUUCAACGAACAAGGGAUGACGAUGGGAAACCUGUAUCAUCUUAAGACCCUACACAUUUCAGAGUUCACUAAACUUGAGGCAUUACCUACUGAACUGGUUAACCUCAGUGCUUUAGAGGAACUUGAAAUCACGUACUGUCACGAACUUGUUUAUUUUCAGGAGCAAGUCCUUGAAGGUCUAAGGUCUCUUCGAACCUUGCGGAUCAGUUACUGUGAGAAAUUCAAAUCCUUGUCUGAAGGCAUUCAACACCUAACUUCACUUGAGAAACUGGAUAUACGUGGCUGUCCAGAGCUGCUGGCUCUGCCAAAUGGUAUAAAACAUCUUACUCACCUUCGUGCUAUGACCAUAGCUGAUCGUCAUAAAAGCUACUUUGUACCUUUCUAUACUAAGAUCCCAAUAGGACCUCGUCCAUGUUGCUUAAUACCUGAAGGCUUAGAACGUGUUCCCUCACUGCAUUCGUUAGCUAUUGAAGACUUUGACAAGCUAGCAUCCUUGCCAGAUUGCUUGGGAAAAUUAGCCUCGCUUCGACGUCUGCAUAUCUCUAGUUGUCACGAGUUGAUGUCACUGCCAGCCAGCAUUCAGCACCUAACAAACUUGGAGGAAAUGCGGAUUUCUCAUUGCACUGAGCUGGGGAAACGAUGUAAGAAGGGAACAGGGAACGAAUGGUACAAGAUAGCACACGUCCCGCAGGUCGAAGUAUAUCCAUAG